AUGGCUUUCAAUCCUUUGGCUAUUCUUCUCAAAGAAAAUAAACUAGUUGGACCUAAUUAUAUUGACUGGAAAAGGAACUUAGAUAUUGUACUGACUGCGAAGGAGUACAAGUGUGUGCUCGUAGAGAACCUCAAAGAAAUGUUUGGGGAUCAAAAUUGUGCUGCUAGGCAGACCGAUAUGAAGGAACUUAUGAAUACUAUUAUGGCAGAAGGGACCCCAGUAUGGGACUAUGUUCUGAAGAUGAUUGGUCUUCUUAAUGAGCUAAAGAUCCUUGAAGCUGAAAUUCAUGGGAAAACCCAGGUCGAUAUCAUUCUCCAAUCGCUGCCUGACUCUUUCAAGCAAUUUUUCCUGAACUACAACAUGAAUAAGCUCUCUUACUCAUUGGUAGAACUACUUAAAGAGUUUCAAGUAGCGGAGGGUAUCAUCAGGAAGCCAACUAUUGCUUUUGUGACUGAUAAAGGUUCUUAUUCUAGGCCCAAAGGCCGAAAGAAGCAAAAAAAGGUUCAGAAACCACAAGGAGCUCCUCCAAUAGUACGUGGGCCGUAG